UUUUCUUUGUCUGUUCAAGUUCAGUUUCUUCUUUCACCCCUUUUUAUGAAACAUGAGGUUCUACAAGGCCCUCAUAUAUACAAUAUAAACAAAUACAGACAAUAAACAACGUACACGUGAAAAGAGCAGAAUAAGUUUAGGUGAAUGAAAUGAAUAUUGGAUGAGUGAAAGACUUGGUCUUAUAUUAUAGAUAUUAAUAAGUACAUUGGAAGUCAGGAGUUGACACUAAUUCAGAAAAUCUGUAAAAGUUUGGUUUACAUUAUUAUCUUUUAUACAGAUAUCUUUUCCGAUAUUCUUCUUAAAAAACAAAACAACCCCCCCCCCCAAAAAAAAAAAACCCCAACUAAUACAUAAGGAUAUAAUGAUAUUCAUCUGCUAAUCAAUCCUUUGUUACAGAUAUGGCAAAAUUCUCUCAAGUUUUAGAGUACUCCACCAUCUUCCAGUCUCGACUGGGAGUCGGUGAUUUACAGUUCUGAAUUUAAUAAAUAUUGUUCUAGCUUUUUUGGUAGUACAUUCAUAUAUUUUUCAAAUCCAAAUUCACUUUUGAAAAUAUCAUAUAUCUGACCCUUAGACGACUCACUUUGCCAUUUCUGUAUACACUGACCUCCAAGACAUUGUUCAAAGGUAGUUUUUAACCAUUUGUUAUUUAUAAAGGCUUGUGCCUGUGAGAUGUUAUAAGUAAUAUUGAUUUAGAUGGAUUGUCAAUUAAUGUGAGACCCAGCUGUUGACAAAGACAGAUCUGUCACUCAAAACAAAGAUUAUCAAUUAAUCAAUACCACUACACAAUGGUAGAAAUGUAUAUCAUUAUCAGAUAACUUUGAAUUUAUAAAGGUACGAAAAUAUUUUUUUUUUUUUAAUUCCUAUAAAGUGCAUUUAAUUUGAAUUCUAAACAUCCUUUAGAUGAAGGGGAACAUUAAGUUUCAUUUGUACUUAAAGUGAAAAAAGAUUUUAUUUGUGAUGAUGAAUUCCAAGAAUGGAAUGACAAAAUACAGCAGCAGAUAAAUUAUGUGCAUGUCGUUUAUAUACUAUACAGAAGUUACUCUUCAUUGAUUAGUUUCAUUAACAAAAUCAAAUAUAGUCCUUCCCCAAAAUUACUGACUUACACAAUAAAUACAACACAAUGAACGGACUUCAAAUGAGCCUUGCACAUCUACUCAGUUAAUUUGGUGCUAAAUUCCCAAUAUAUCAGUUCUAAUUACACUAAUGUAAUAAAGUACAUAGAUACAACCCAGAUCAUGCAAAUACAUCAUCAAUAUGGCCCUCCCCACCCCAAAUCCUAUAAUACAUUGUCAUUGAUCCAGCACGAUUGUGAAGUUUCAUUAAAACAACAUCUGUGUCCAACACACAGGAUAUUUCCUCACUGCCACAUCGUCAUGAACAGCUAUAACUGUUCACAUCCUUAAGAGACUCAGGACUGUUACUAUUUACAUAGACAAACAUGGAGGAUGUAUGUCAUGUCAUUUUACAAUGUGUGUAGAGAUAAAGGUACCCAACAUGAAAUGUUUGACAUUCAGAAUGUGAAGUACAGGGGGUGAAGUCCAAGGAAGAGGAGGCCAAAAUAUGCAAAAGGAAUAACUUUUUCAUCAUGGAACAGAUUCAACUUUGACCUCUGGAUUCAGCUUAUCUUCUGGAACUUUUCUCAUCUUGUAUCUUAAAAAAGGCAAACAUUUCUUAAUUUGACAGGUAUUGCUUGAACAGUAAUACAGGUGACGAAAACUUAAAAAGUGCAACACGGACAACCAACAGAGCAUUCAAUGACUAUAGUUUGGGGUUGCCAUGGAAUCAUCUUUGACCUCUGAACUAUUGCAGUGUGCUAUCUGUCUGGGGAAUCUAGAGAAUGCACAUGCACUUCCCUGUCUUCACUCCUUCUGUGGUCUCUGUCUACAAAACCACAUUGCAACAUCUCAGAAGAAGGUGUCCAAGUCUUUGAAGCUAAAGAGGUUUCCCUGCCCCACCUGUCGAUUAUGGGUUAACUCCCCUGUGGCUGGGAUCUGUGACUUCCCUAGAGAUUUCAGGGUGGUCAAAUUGAGGGAUGUUUUAAAAGAUUGGAAGGAUGUAAGGAGCAACAGGAACAGCCUUACCUGUGGUAUGUGUGAAAAGGAGUUUAACAACCCUAUAGAAAAUUAUUGUGCAGAUUGUCAUAAAUAUCUGUGUACUGUCUGUUAUACUGAACAUACCACCACCCAAGUUUUAUCAACUCAUGUUGUAUUAUCAGUGUCAUCUGAACCUGCAGAAACUGAAAAUUCCAAAUGUUCUGUUCAUUCAAAUGAACCAAUCAAAUACCAGUGUGAAACUUGUAACAUGGGAAUCUGUGUCAAGUGCAUCAUGGGAGAUCACAAAGAUCAUAAUAUCAUGGAUAUUGAUAACAGUUGUAAUAUUAAACGAGUUGAACUGAGAAAUUGCAUGUAUCAACUUCGGAAUCAGUUAUCCCACCUGAACGAAGCCCUGUUUACUUUGACCAGCAUUGAAGGUCAGAUCAAAAAUGAACACGAGCAAACCAAACUCCAAAUUAGGAAACAUUCGCACAAGGUGAUAAAUAACAUCUACCGUGAACAAAGUAGGUUGUUGAAUGAGACAGAUUUAAAUUAUCAACAAAAGUACGAAGAUCUUAGUAAAAGAAGAGAAAAGUGUAAAAUGUACAUCCACCAGUUUACGAAUUUACAGAGUAGGCUGGAGUCCGUUCUCAGAAUUCAGGAUGCUAACACUGUAUCAGACAAGUAUACAUCCAUUGUGAAGGACAUCAAAGGCAUUGAAAUGGAAAAGUACAGCAAAGAGUUAGUGGAACUCCCCAAAUGUGCACAAUUUGUGUCAAACACAGUGGGAAACAUUGGUCAUAUCAUACCUAGAGAAAGAAGUACUCGAACCUGCAUGCAAAACUGCUGCAGUGACCUUCAUCAGAAAUACAACCAUCUUAAGCUCUCUAAGCAUGAUACCAAUGACAGGCGAACUGAAAGUGGCACAAAAAAGCUGAUUGUUGACACUGAUGGAAAGGUUAGUCCACCACCAAGUACAAUAAAUCCAAUGAAAAGUCCCCCCAUUAUACACGUAACAUUGCUGUGUCAGAUCGGUGGUAAAGGGACAACAUACUCACCGAUUGGUCUUCCCUAUGGAAUAACAUUCACAGAAGAUGAAAAACUUGUGGUUGGUGAAAACAGCAAUGAAAGAAUUCAAAUUUUUACCAAAGAUGGAAUGCUUCUGAAAGUUAUUCCUCUUCCAGGCUGCUGCCCAAGGUCACUGUGUUCACUAAAGGACCAGAGCAUUGUUUUUACUGAUGAAAAUGAAAAGUGUCUCAAGAAAGUUGAACUUAAAACCUCAUAUGUGUCCUCCAUUACAACAAGGUACACAGAGAGCACAGUUUCAUUUCCUUUUGGAGUUGCUAGCCUCUCUGACAAGAGAUUAGUGAUCUCUGACAUGAUCUAUGAGACAGUCAGCAUCACAUCUUCUGUUGGUGUGAAAGAAAAACAACUCGGAGCAGACGACCAUGGUGAUAUCUAUGACAACCCAUCCUACCUAGCAACAGAUUAUGAAGAUAACAUCUUCAUUGCUGACUCUGGUCACCAUAAAAUCAAAGUGUACGACAAACAUGGAAGAUUUCUCUUCCAAUUCGGUGACGACAGCAUCAAAGAGGGACAGCUGAGGUAUCCAAAGGGGAUCGCUGUGGAUAAAAAUGGGCUCAUUUUUGUAGCAGAUGCUGGAAAUGACAGAGUGGUCGUCUACUCGAGGUUAGGUUUCUUCUUGAUGGUCCUGGCAGAUAGGAAUGAUGGGAUUGAAAGACCUACAGGGCUUGCUUACAGCCCUAGCGGACUACUGGCAGUCUCCAUGCCAGACAAACAUGAAGUUUUUGUUUAUAAGCUCCACAACUCGAUCCCUGGUCAAUUCCUCUCUUAGUUGUGGAAUUAAUUAUUCCAAUUUUUUAUAUACUGGUACAAAUUUCAUUGUUUUUGGUGUUGGCACAGCAUUUGUCUUCCAGAUGUAGAGUUUUAUUAUAGCAAAAUAUUUAAUAUGAAUUUACAAUCAUUUGAGAAUUCCAAUUUUUAUUACAUUUUUAAUUCAGGAAUAUUUAUAUGCUUAUUGGUAGUGUUGUGUUUUCUAGACACAUUAAAUAAAUGUUUACUGAAAAUGAA